UGAUUCAAAGUCCUUCCUGUUUGCAGUUGCCUGGUUGUUAGAAGCAUGUUGGCUGACAGAUCCUCUGGGGAGUGGAGAAACAAGCUCAUCGUUCACCCGCAGCUUUGGACUUUCGGUAUAAAGAGAGACAAAAAUCCGUACAGAUUCUGACUAUUUAUUAAACUGAGCUUGUGUGUCUGUGGUCAGACUGUGAGCUCUUUGUCAAACAGCCUGUGUGAGUCACUGUAAGCCAGCCAAACAAGCUGACAUGACACUUAUUUAUCCUGAGUAAAGCCUCGGCUGGAGAAGUACUGGGUUGUUGUAGUGUUGUCAGUAAAUUCUGGAGGCUGGUGGUUCCAAUUCUUCUUUUUCUUUUGAAGCAGCAACGGAUUUGCAGCAUGGCGCAGACAGAGGAGGGUGUAAGCACGUGGAGCUGUAACCAAGUGGCCCAAUGGCUGCAGGACGAAGGUUUUGGUCAAUAUGUUGAGCUGUUGUGCACACAACACCGCCUUGAUGGCCUCAGUCUGCUGGCUCUGACUGAGGUCGACCUGCGUGGUCCUCCGCUGAGUCUCUCUGUGCUGGGAGACAUCAAAAGACUAACACUAGCUCUCCACCGGCUCCAAAGAAGAAACCAUGACCAGCUGGAGGAACUGGGUCUUCGGCCGUCAGACAGCAUCCCUUCUGGCCUUUUGCUGGGAGUGGAGUGGAGUAUGGAUGGAAAGGACUGGAGGGAAUUCAACGGAGAUUACUGUUUGCGAAAUGGAACUGAACUGGUGCGAAGAACCAGAGGUGGAUCUAGGAACGUGUCGAGUGCAGCGACUUGUCAUGCACACUCAAAUGGGAGACACGAGCAGCAGCUGGCUGGUCGGUUGGACCCAGAGGUUUGGAAAACUGUCAUCAGCUCCAUUUAUGUGUUUUUGGUGUUUGGAUUCACCUCUUUUGUCAUGGUCAUUGUACAUGAGCGUGUCCCUGACAUGAGAACAUACCCACCACUUCCUGAUAUAUUCCUUGACAGUGUACCCAGAAUCCCUUGGGCUUUUGCAAUGGCUGAAGCAUGUGGCCUCGUCUUGUGCUACAUGUUUUUGUUGAUUCUUCUACUUCACAAACACAGGUCAAUUCUCUUCAGACGCUUGUGCUCAUUGAUGGGGACAGUGUUUUUGCUACGCUGCUGCACAAUGUUUGCUACCUCACUCUCUGUUCCAGGCCAGCAUUUGAAAUGUGCCAGUCAGACGUAUGGUGAUACCUGGGGGAAAAUACAGAGAGCACUAGCUAUUUGGAGUGGGUUUGGGAUGACUCUGACUGGCGUCCAAACCUGUGGAGACUACAUGUUUAGUGGGCACACAGUUGUCAUAACAAUGCUCAACUUCUUUGUGACUGAAUAUACACCACGAAACUGGAAUCUGAUUCACACCAUUUCCUGGGUGUUGAACCUGUUUGGGAUUUUCUUUAUCCUGGCGGCUCACGAGCACUACUCCAUUGAUGUGUUCAUUGCUUUCUACAUCACAACUCGUCUUUUUCUCUACUACCACACCUUGGCCAACACCCGUGCCUACCAGCACAGCCGCAGAGCCCGCAUUUGGUUUCCCAUGUUCUCCUUCUUUGAGUGCAAUGUCAACGGACCUGUCCCCAACCAGUACGAAUGGCCCUUUAGUAAGCCUACUGUCAUGAAAACUCUUAUCGGGUAAUUCUCAUAAUGAACUAUAGCGGUGCAUGAAAUGCAACUUUUUCAUAAGGUCACCCCAAACUUACAACAGUUGAGCACAAAAACCUUGUAUCUCAGGAGCGAUGUUUCUUUGUUUUUUCACUGUAAAAAACAAAGUGUCAUAAAUGGUGUGUUUACAAUUAUUCUGCUGUGUGUAGGCACCAGGAUAGCAAAACAGUACAAAUAGAUUUUUCCACUUUCCAGCUAUAAUGUUAGCUGCUGAGAAAAGGUUUAUGUCAUGCAUUGUUCCAUAACAUUUUAUUUAUUUGCCAUUAUCAUUAUAUCUUUUUUUUAUUGAAUAUAACCUGGGAUAGGAAAAUUAAAGGAUUCUUUUGUUUACUUAUUUUAAGCUUAAGGCUAAAUGUUUUCCUGAUGUUUAAAUUUUUUUAAAUUUUAUUGUAUUCAGGAGAUAAUUAUUGUUGACUACUGGUUUGACCCGAAACAAUUUAUAUUUUUUAUAUUUGUAUUUUUAUUUCUUGGUGGGUAUCUGUUGAUAGUACACAUUUAUUUAAUCAUUAUUCAUUUCUUAAAAGCACAAAACACACUAAUUCACUAAUGUUACUUUUACAGUUCCAAGUUGAUAAUGUCACUUUUUGGACAGAUUCGGUCUUAUCUAAAUAUUUAGGAAUUUUCCAAUAAUUGUUUAUUUAUUGAUUGUUUUUUUUUAAAUCCUAUUUUAACAGUUAAAUGUUUAAUUACUAUCAAAAGGAUGUGGAGUUAUGUUUUGCUGCUUAAUACAAAAAACCUUGAUGUUAAUUGAUGUUAGCAUUUUGUUGUUUACCAUGGAGCUUCUGAUCAAAACUGUUCAUGUUUAUCUCUGCAAUACAAAGCCUUAAUUUAGUAGCAUAGGUGUCCGUCUUUUGGUGUAGCAAUGUGCACAAACUUUUUUUAAAAUGUUGAUGAUUCACUGCUUUUUAUGGUCUGAUAAGGACAUUGUGUAUAUGCAUGAGUGGACGUGAAGGUUUAGAAUUGGACAUUCAUCAUGAAACUAACCCACGCCCCAACUGGUUUCUGUUUACCGUUUUCAAAUAGAAAUAAAAUACAGUUUAAAUAUUGAUAAAUGUUUACAGGGAAGCUCCCUUUAAUUUAAGCCACGACUGCUGAAACAGUGCUGAUGUCGUCUCGUCUAAAGAUGGUACGUCUCGAGCUUUAAAAUUUUGUCUUCUUUUUAAAAUAAAGACUUUAUCUUUUUUUGUACUUUUAAAGAAGAAUUGUGUGACUAUUGGUCUGUUUAAAUUGUGACAUUGGGCUAAAGUGAAACUAAAAAGUGAAUUUUAUAUUCAAAAUUGUAAAGAAGGAAUUUUGAGCGAAUUAAGUAUCUAUUUAUUCAGUCAUUCUAUCUAACUUGAUUCAAUUUUAUCAUUUUAAUGGUGGCCAGAUUAUGUGAAAUCUUAAAUUUGGCAAAAUAAAACAACUUUAUUAGUUCUUGUUCAUAUGUACUAUAAUCAGAGGAAUCUGAGGUUUGGGCUCUAUUAUUCAAAGGAAAGUGGCAACAUAUUUGUGUUUUAUUUUCUUAAUAAAGUUUUUACUUCAACAAA